CUCCCGAGCUGUGCGGGUGGUGACAUUAGCGGACUGACACCAUGCCGGCCCUCAGGCCCCUCAUCAAACCUAAGAUCGUCAAGAAGAGGACCAAGAAGUUCAUCCGUCAUCAAUCUGAUCGCUAUGUCAAAAUCAAGCGUAACUGGCGGAAACCAAGAGGUAUUGACAACAGAGUUCGCAGAAGAUUCAAGGGCCAAAUCUUGAUGCCCAACAUUGGGUACGGUAGCAAUAAAAAGACAAAGCACAUGCUGCCUUCGGGGUUCAGAAAGUUCCUCGUCCACAAUGUCAAAGAGUUGGAGGUGCUGAUGAUGAGUAACAAGUCCUAUUGUGCAGAGAUCGCUCACAAUGUUUCCUCCAAGAAUCGGAAAGUAAUUGUGGAGAGGGCAGCCCAGCUUGCCAUCAAGGUUACCAAUCCAAAUGCAAGACUGCGCAGCGAAGAGAAUGAAUAGUUGUUCUUAUGCAAUGAUAUUUAAUAAAAAUAUCAAAAGUACUGAAAA